CAAAACCGAAUUGUCGCCCAGACAUCCUUAUCACAUCAUGGGCAAGGCACAGAAAGAAAAAGCCGCCGCUAAGGCCGCCGCCUCCGCCACAAUGUUCGGUCGUCCUCCUCCUCCUCCUCUUGCCCCGGUGUCCGCCUCUGCUCCUCCACGACCCACCCUCGCCGCCGCUCCGCGUGAAUUCACAACGACCUCCUUCAUCCCAGGCUCUGGCCCCAGCACGCCCACCGCCGCGUCUCGAUCCACUUCCAUCUUGUCCUCCGCUAGCGAAGACGAGCCUGAUGACGAUUCCUACCGCACUUUGUUGACCGACGAAGAAAUCGCCGCCUUUGUGGCGUCGGACGUUCCCUCGCGCAUGGACUUCGUCCAGAACCUCCUCGACAAAGUGAGCACCCCCGCGUCGCGCAGCAUCCGCCAGUCCGCCAUCGACGACCUGGUCAAGGCUGUCGAACUGCUCGGUGUCGGCAGCUACUCUGGCAUCUUCGUGCUUAACGAAGUCCAGCGCUUCGUCACGGACAAGUCGGCCAACCAGCGCGAAGGCGGGUUGCUGCUUCUCAUCGGCAUGAGCAAGUGCGACUUGAUCUCUUCGGCCAUCGAGCCCAUCCUCGUGUCUCUCUUCGUGCCCAUCAUGGAGCGUCACUCGGACAAGGAGCCGCAAGUGCGCGACGCCGCCGUCCGCACCGUCAUGGCGCUCACCAACACGGUGUCGCCCCUCGCAACCCGCACGAUCCUCGACGAAGUGUUCAAGGGCCUGACGCUCAAGGCGUGGCAGUCGAAGGCCGCGUCGUGCGAUUUCCUCCGCCACUUUGCCGGUGCCGCCGCCCACGAAAUCUCCAACUCGCUGCCCGAGAUCAUCCCACAACUGUCCAACGUCGUGUGGGACACCAAGCCCCAAGUAAAGGCGGCGGCGCUGGCCGCGCUCACUGCCACGUGCUCCACCAUCACCAACGACGACGUCCUCCCCCUCGUCCCCGUCCUCGUCAACGUGAUUGCCAACCCCGAGCAGUCGCUCAAAGCCAUCGACAGCCUCCUCGCCACGACGUUCGUGUCCAACGUUGACGCCCCGACCCUGGCCCUAAUCGCCCCGUUGCUCAACAAGGCCCUGCGCGACACGACGACCAACUCGUCGGCUCUCCGCCGCAAGGCGUCCCGCAUCAUUGACAGCAUGUGUCGGCUGGUCUCGCGCCCCGUGGACAUUGCGCCGUUCGUGCCGUUGCUGUUGCCCCAAUUGGACUCUGUGAUUGAACGCAUUGCCGACCCCGAGGUCGCCGAAGUCGCCGCCGACGCGCGCAGCUGCCUCAAGCGUGCCGCCGGCGAAGGCCGCGCCCAAGAGGACCCGUCCAAGGCCCGCACCGCGCUCCAAGCCGCGCUCAUGCAAGGGCUGCAUGACGCUCUUGACAUUGCCACCCACCCCGGGCUCACGGAAGUGGCGCUGCACUACAUCACAGACAUUUGCGCCGAACUUGUGACGAUGAACCGUGGCAAGGAGUGGCGCGGGUUUGUGAUGCCCUACUUGCUGCCGCACAUGCAAGACGAAGAUGCGGACCACGUGUGCAAAGCGCUCCGCAAAGCCGGCGGCGGGCUCGGCGACGACCGCGAAGUGUCGGUGGACCCGAACGACGUGUGCGACAUCGACUUUUCAUUGGCAUACGGCGGCAAGAUCCUGCUCCGGAACGCGCGGCUCCGUCUCACCCGCGGCCACCGCUACGGUCUCGUGGGCAAGAACGGCGUCGGCAAGACGACUCUCAUGCGCAACAUUGCCAACCAUACGAUCGAAGGCCUCCCGACGCACCUUCGCACGAUUUACGUACAGCACGAAGACCAAGUGCCGGACGCCGGCUCGAUGCUCGACUCGCUCUGCGCAGACCCCGAUCUUGCCCACAACGACCGUCAAGCCGUGGUCAACGUGCUGUCGUCGGUCGGGUUCACGCAGGAACACUUAGACGGAACGGUUGCCGCACUCUCGGGCGGGUGGCGCAUGAAGCUGUCGCUGUGCCGCGCCAUGCUGUACAAUGCGGACGUGCUGUUGUUGGACGAACCUACGAAUCACUUGGACGUGCACGCCGUGGCGUGGCUCGUGAGCUAUUUGAACUCGCUCGAUACGAUGACGGUGCUGCUAGUGUCCCACGACACUGGCUUCCUCGACAACGUGUGCACGGAUGUGCUUCACUAUGAGCAAAAGCAGCUCGUGCUGUACCCCGGCACCCUCGCCCACUUUGUGGAGAUCCACCCCGAAGCCAAGCACUACUACGAACUGGCUGCGUCCGACUGCCAGUUUAUCUUUCCCCAACCAGGUCGAUUGGAUGGGAUCACGUCCACUACGCGCCGCAUCCUAUCGAUGGAAAACUGCAGCUACACGUACCCCGGUGCAGCCAAGCCCCAGCUCCACGACGUCAACAUCAAGCUGUGUCUGGCGUCCCGCGUGGCCGUGAUCGGCGCCAACGGCGCCGGCAAGUCGACGCUUAUCAAGAUGCUGGUCCAGGAAACCUCUCCCGAUAGCGGCGAGAUGUGGAAGCAUCACAACUUGCGCGUGGCGUACGUGGCCCAGCACUCGCUGCACCACGUGGAGCAGCACUUGGACAGCUCGCCGGUCGAGUACAUCCAAUGGCGGUACGGCGGCCCCGGCGGGAUCGACCGCGAGCUCGACUCGCGCGUCAACCUGGCGCAAACAGACGAGGAAAAAUCGCUGGUCGGCAAGUCGACUGGCCAAGUGGAGAAGAUCAUGUCGCGUCGGUUGGUCAAGAAGACCCUCGAGUACGAAUGCAAACUCGUCAACAUGACGGAGCGCCACAACAAGUUUUACACACUGGACCAGCUGAUUGAAAUGGGGCUGGGCAAGCUCGCCGAGUUGGAAGACAUUCGCCAAGCGACGCUGGCUGGCGGUGGCGACCUCCGCUCCACGACCACCCGCGAAGUGCAAAAGCACUUGGACGACUUCAACUUGUUGGCCGAGUUUGGGACCCACGGCAAGAUCCUUGGCCUCUCUGGCGGACAAAAGGUCAAGCUCGUGAUCGCCGCCGCCAUGUGGACGCGCCCGCACUUGCUCGUGCUGGAUGAACCUACGAAUUACUUGGAUCGGGCGGCGCUGGGUGCCCUAGCCGACGCCAUUCGCGUGUUUGCCGGCGCGUGCAUUAUGAUUUCCCACAGCGACGAGUUUUACAACUCGCUGUGCACGGAGAAGUGGCUGGUCGAGUCGGGUCGUGUGCGCGUGAUCGGGGAAGCCCAGGAGACGGAGUACCGCCUUGGCGGCGGCAAGAAGAUCAUGGAGGAAGAGGAAGAGGUGGACCCGUCGCGGUCGGGCUUUGGGUCGUCCAACGACAAGAUGAAGGUCACAGGCGUCAUCAUUAACCCCAAGUCGCUCCGCGCCAUGAGCACCAAGGACGUGCGCAAGAUGGUCAAGUGCGCCAAGGCCGCCGGCCGGUCCAUCGAAGACCACGUCGCCCAACUCACCCGCGAAUCCCCCGAGUGGAAGUGGUUGCCAUAUUAAAAUCUGGCACGUCGUCGUCUCACACUAAUUUAGCACUUAGCUUCAUUUUAGAUAUUAUAACGUUACACGCAUGAUUGAACGUUUUCACUUAC